AUGCCUACUUCCACCACCACCGAGCCAGUUCUGCCGCCGGAGCUCGAGUGCACUAUCUUCCAGCUUGCGGCGUGGGAAGACAUGGACAUGAUACGCACGUUGAUGCUCGUCGCUCGGCGCGUCAAGACCUGGAUGAGUCCGCUACGCUAUCGGGUGUGCCGCAUUGAGGACGACGAGGACCUGGAGGCGCUGUGGAGGCUUGCAAACUCUUAUCCCGACGACUGCGCACACACGACUCACCUCACGACCGUCGUGGAGCCUGAGUCAAUGUUGGAUACCAUCUCCCGCCUCGUCCAAGCCUGUCCGAACCUGGUAGACUUGCGCCUGUGUGGCGCUCCGCCGGUAGCAGACGACAUGCUGGCGAUUGCGGCACUGCCACACCUCCGCAGGCUCUCGAUGAGCCCGAGCGAUGUCUUCCUGAACGCAGACGACGACGGCCACCCGGCAUUCCUGCCCCUCCCCGGGCUGACGCACCUCGAGCUGCUCGAAGAAGUCGAGCCCACGGCGGUUCCCUGGAUUGCCCGGGCGUUCCCGGGGCUGACACACCUGUCGUUCAACGACGUGUACCUGCCCACCGUCAUGCAGCGCGCACUCAAGACAUUGCACGGCCUGCACGUGUGCGUCUACGUCUAUCGGGUGGACGACUGGGACUGGGACAAGGGCCGGAGUCCGGUGAUAUUCGAAGAGCACAGGGCGGCGCUCGCGCCGAUUCAAGACAAGGACCUGCGCUUGGUCGCUCUGCUGCUAGUGGACCUCGAUGACGACUGGGAGCGCGGCGCAUGGGGCGGGCAGGACUAUUGGGCCUGGGCAGAGGAAGAGGUUGCGACGAAGAGUGCUGCGACCACUCGUAAAACAGUGGAAACGUGA